AUGACGUCCCCUGCCGAAAUGUUAAAACUGGCCUCGGCAGUCGUGCCGCGAUAUGACGGUAACGAAAGUGAAGCAGAUAAUAUUAUAGCGGCGUUAACAGCAUUAAAGACAACAGUUAACGAACAAAACGCUCAAACAGCAAUCUGCAUUAUCGUGUCAAAACUAUCGAAAAAGGCAAAAACAGUAGUAGGAAGCGAGCCUACCUCAAUCGAUGACAUUAUAAAGAUCAUCAAAGAAAAGUGCAAAAGAAAAAGCACUCCGGAAACCCUUACUGCAACAUUAAAUGCAACAAAACAGCAGGGUAGCGCGGAAGAUUUUGCCAAUGAAAUUCAAAAUCUGGCAAAACAACUCGAGAAGGCUUACAUAGCAGAUCAAACUGCACCAGCCAAGGCCCUGCAGAAAGCAAACAAAGCAGGUAUAACAGCGUUUGCAAAUGGCCUGAAGAAAGAACAACACCAGACUAUUGUCAUGUCUGAACAGUGGCCGCUCUUCAUCUCCAGCUACGAGCACUCGACAGCAAUCUGCGGGUACUCCGACUACGAGAACCUGCUGAGGCUACAAAAGGCGUUGAAAGGAGCUGCGCUGGAAGCGGUCAGCUCGUUGUUGUUGCUGCCUUCCGGACUUAAGGAAGCCACAGACGUGCUCAAGCUACGGUUUGGGAGGCCGGAGGUGAUCGUUGAAAAUUUGAUGGAGAAAGUGAGACGUUUGCCAGCCCCACGAGCGGAUCGGCUAGAUACUCUGGUUGAGUCCGGAUUCGCGGUGAGGAACCUGUGUGCGACCAUCCAAGCAUCUGGGCUGCCGGAAUAUACCUGCAACGUUAUCCUGCUGAAGGAGUUGAUCGUGAAGCUGCCGUCGGCCACGUGCAUCGAGUGGGCGAGGCACCAACAGCAGCUGCCCUCUGUUACGCUGUCGGACUUCGGAAGGUGGAUCGGCGAGUUGGCUGCAGCACUCAGCAGGGUAGUUCCGGUGAAGAGCGAACGUUUCGAACGCAGUGGAUCCGGCGACUCGGAUCGUCGGAGCAGUGUGAAACCGGUACGACCAGAUCAGCGCCAGCCCACCACCGCACGUUUGAACAUGCACGCCGCCACCACGAGCAGUAGGUACCCACAUACAAAUGUUUCUAAAUGUUCAGCCUGCCAGGGAGAGUGUGCCGCACUGGAUACAUGCCAGCGAUUCCAAACGAUGACCGUCGCUGAAAGGAAGGAACAUAUAAGAGAUAAGAAGCUAUGCCGAAAAUGUCUCAAGUACCAUAAGGGGUGGUGUCACCUUAAAACAGUUUGCGGAUCCAAUGGGUGCGAGGCAAUGCACCAUAGGUUGCUACAUGGUUCUCUGGGAAUGACCAAUACAACAGAAAAGCAUUGUCUUACUCAUUCCGGCUCCAACGAUCGCACUUUGUUCCGCUACGUACCGGUAACGAUGUAUGGGAAGGAUGGCAGGACGGUUCGAACGUACGCCUUUCUCGACGAAGGUUCGUCAUCGACCUUCAUCGAUCAUAGCCUGAUGGACGAAUUAGGGCUGAUCGGAACGUCACGGCCAUUGUGUCUCAAGUAG